AAAAUCCAAUCCUAUUUUUCAUCGUCAAACUGAUUUUUUUCCCUCAUCAUUUCCUAAUUCAAUAGCUAUUUACUCCAAUAAAUAUGUGCUGGUGCAGGAAGUGAAUUUAAUUGUGUUGAACUUGGUGUACCAUGGAGAAAAUGUAUAUAAUUCAUCUUUUCUUUACAAUUUUUCUUAGUUAUCUAUCUUUGUCACAGUCGGAGAGGCUCCAUGAGCAGAUUUAUUCUUCAAUAGAAGGUGGAGCUCCAUGCUUUCGCAGGUUGAAUGGGACACACCAGGCAGGAUGUUCAUCAACUAAAAAAGGCGCAGUGGGUGCUGUGCUCAUGAUAAAAGAACUGAAUGAUGCAAUUUGGUUGACUCAAAAUGCCACUAGUGGGUUGUAUAUGGCAGUCGUCAGCACUGCCUUAUUCCAGGAUGUCAUUGAAGAGUUCCUAAGCCACCCAGAAAAUGUAGCUGGUAUAUUAGUGUAUGAGAAUGCAAGCCUUAUCACCAGUGCCUUUACACAAGAUUCAAAGUGUCCCAACGAAUAUUCAUCAGGGCCAGGAAGUACUUGCUCUUCAGCCGAACCUGCUGGUUCUGUAUGGAAUGAAAAAGGUACCAACCUUAUAAGAAGAGAUAUACCAUUCCCAAUCUUCUUUUUGCCUGAAUCACGAUUGGAAGAAAUAAAGAAAAUUGAGGAGUGCUAUGAGAGAUAUAACUUGGACAGAAGUGAUCACAAUGGUAGACCUCUAUGCUCAGUUCAGCUGCGCUCUUUUAUGUAUGCAGCUGUGAACACAGUGGUUUGCACGAGAAGGUCGGCAUCAUCAGCGAUUUUGACCCCAACUAAAGUAUGUGACCCAUUGGGUGAUCAAAAUGUUUACUACUCAUUGUUUCCCCGACCUAAGGAAAAUAAGGAUGCCAAAAAACCCGUGAUAUUAGUAACUGCGAGAAUAGACUCAGCUUCAUUAUUUGAUGGUCUUUCUCCUGGCACAGCCAGCUCGGUAGUGGGCAUGGUGACGCUGAUAGCAGCAGCUGCUGCAUUAACGGAGAUGAUACCACAGAGCAAAGCCGAUUCGUAUGAUACGAAUGUUUUAUUUACGCUUUUCAACGGCGAAGCGUUCGACUAUAUUGGGUCUCAGAAAGUAGCGUACGACAUAAGUAAGACCGCGUGGCCGCAAGUUAACCCGCUGUCGCCGGCUGACAUCCCACUACAUAUCGAGUUGGGGCAGAUCGGUGGCGCCCUCUUGGCUAAUAGAGACAACCAGUCGUGGCCGUUCUACGCCUUUGCUCCGACGCUCGCUAAUACUAUGAGCCAGGUGUCGGAAAUAGUCAACGAAUUGUCUUUGAACCUCAACCAAUACAACAUGAGCCUGAUCCUGACCGCCACAGACAACAUACCGCCGUCGUCCCUGCAUUCCUUCAGGCGUAUCUUGAAGAACGUCACGGAAUCCGGGACGUUGGCCGAAGUUCUGAUCGUGGACCACAAUGAACAUUUCACGAACAUGUUCUAUAACUCGGCGCUAGAUGGACCUGAUAAGAUCGGCUUUGAAUACCACAACAUCAGUAUCAGUAGUAAUGGGACUUUUAUAUCGACUGAAGAACUCAUAAAGAACGGCACUAUGAAGGAAACAGAAUCGCAAGUGAAAAUAGCGCAGCUUGCGACAUCAUUAGCACGAACGUUGUAUAAAAAGGUUACGAACGAAAAAUACACUGGCGAUGUGUCAGCGUCUGCACACUUGAUAGACGAGAUGCUCUACUGUUUCUUGACGAGUCAAGUGUGCCGCCUGCUGCUAGCAGCCGACUUCGGCCAGAGCGGGGCUACGGCAGAGAGCUUCCCGCGUAAACCGGCUCCGCUAUACGUGAGCGUGUCGCACUACGGUGGCACCGCGCCAUUGUUCGCCGGCCAUUUACUGGCGCUGCUCACUGGCACGCCACUCCCCGCUGUCAACCGGACGAUGUGCGAUAAGCCCGACAACAAGGGCUUCUCAUAUCUCUACCUCAAGGGAUGGAACCACACUGGCAUUUGCAUAAGGACCACUAUGAAUUUCAGUCAAGCAAUAAGUCCAGCAUUUACUUCCAGAGACUACGAUUUCACAUCGGGCAUGUAUUCCACUUGGACGGAGUCUGUAUGGCAGUUGAUAUCGGCUCGGGUAUUCGUAUCAGCGAGCGGCGGUGGCGCGCGCGCAGCCCUGAUCGCAGGGCUGGUCGCCACCGCCAUCGCGGCCUUCCUGACCUUCUGGAUAAAGAGCAAUUCGCAGAGGAUCUUCGUCAACGCGCCUGCCGGAUCGCUCGUCAGCACUGAUGCUGCUACUGGGAUACUAAGGACUGUCAAUUGUUGAACAUAAGAAGUAAAUAGAAGAAUUAGGCUGUGUUAUAAGAAAUUAUGAUUUUAAUCAUUCCAUACUUUACACAUCCUAUUUAUCAGUCAGUAUUUACAUGAGACUCAUUUGAUACAUAACAAUACUGAAUUACUGACGUUUAAUUUAAAAUACUACAUAAUAUGAACUGUAAUAAUAGACUAUAGGUAAUGAAAUUAGUUAACUUUGCCUUCAACAUUAUUUAUUAUAUUUCGUGAUAGGCUAGCGUAAUUAAUAUAAUUUAAAUAAAUUUAGAUUAAGAUAAUAUUUUGUAUGCAAAUGAACAGGAUAUUUGUAUUUUCAAUACACUUUUCUCAUCAUUUAGUGCAUUAGAUAUCCGGGUCUGUGUGAUCAUAAAAGCGUUUGUAAUACAUCUGGAAAUAAAUAAAUAACAAACAUUCAAUAUUCAAUAUAAUUUUAAAUUCUUACUGCUCUCUUUAAAAAAGUCAGUCACAAGCCGUUAACUUUCUAACGCAAAUAUUAACCACUGAAGGCAAACCAUGACUUUCAGAAUAAAAGAAAUUAAUCAAUUACUUUGCAGUUCGAUGUGGCUGCUCUUACUUUUGUAAAAAAAGAUCUAUUUAUAUCUUUCUAAAACGGCACAGUUGAAUAGAAGCUUGUCUUUUGAUAAAUCUAUUUGGAUCAUUUUGAAUAUUGAGUUGAUGAGGUUAAGUGACCAGACAAUUAAUAAAACUAAUUCAUUAUA